AUGGGUGGACUUUCUGGUUAUCACAUCAUGAUAGUUUCGAAGUACCUCGAGACUAUCAACGACUUUAUUAACUUGGAGUUAGUGUGCAAGAAGUUUAGAGGCAAUAUGGAGAAGUUCCACUUCAACCCGAUUCCGUUAAAUUCAAAAACAUUUGGAUACUUCCCAAACAUCGAGACACUUCACUUGUGGGAUGUAGAAGAUGAGAAUUUUGGCAAUGGAUUUAUUUCGAUCAACACCGAAGAAAAAGUAGAGUGUGAAAAUAAAGGUGUUUUGAAGAGAGAAUUCUAUCGAAUCAUUGUGUGGUUUUAUGUUGGCUUUGAAAUUGUUGACAGAAACAAAAGUCGAAACAUCGAGUUUAAGGAUGUUACUUACACUAAAAAUGAUAGAAAGAAAUUUGGUAAUAACAUACCAUCUAGUGUAAAAUCAAUUGGUGAUUGGAUGUUGUUGUUUAAGCAGUAUUACAAUACCAUCGAGUGUUAUAUCGAUUGGUGUUGUCGUUUGAGUAGUGUUACAAUACCAUCAAGUGUAAAAUCAAUUUGUGAUCAUUGUUUCAAUAGAUGCAGUAGUUUGAGUAGUGUUACAAUACCAUCGAGUGUAACAUCGAUUGGUGAUAGUUGUUUCCAAGGAUGUUGUUGUUUAAGCAGUAUUACAAUACCAUCAAGUGUUAUAUCAAUUGGUAGUAAUUGUUUCCCAUCAAAUACAGUAGUUCAUCAAAAUUAA